AUGGAGCACGUGCUGGACUGGCUGAGCCGCCUUGCAGAGCUGUGCAACCAGCUGCGAUUCCGGAUGAGAGGCUUACGUGUGGGGCAACCACGGCCAGGCCCACCACCUCUGCUCUGCCCACAGGACAAGAUCAGAGACAGCCUCCGCACCUGCUACCAGCACCUGGAGAAGACGGGCCGGAGUUUUGCCACUGUCACCCAGGGGCUGGAGGGCGACCUGCGUCAUGCUGCUUGCAUAUUGUACCUGGUUCUCCGAGCCCUGGACACCAUAGAAGACGACAUGUCCAUCAGUUUGGAAACCAAGAUCCCAAUGUUGUGUGAGUUCCACACAUACCUGUAUCAGCCAGAGUGGAAGUACAUGGAGAGCAAAGACAAGCACAAGCAAGUGUUGGAGGACUUCCCCACGAUCUCCUUGGAGUUCAGGAACCUGGCCAAGGUGUAUCAGGAUGUGAUCGCUGAUACUUGUCACAAGAUGGGACUGGGGAUGGCGGAGUUCUUGGAAAAGAGGGUCGAUUCCCUGCAGGACUGGAACAAGUAUUGCCAGUAUGUUGUUGCACUCUUUGUGAUUGGUUAUUCCCGUCUCUUCUCUGCAUCGGAGCUUGAAGACCCAAUCGUAGGGCAGGACACAGAGCUUGCAACUUCCAUGGGGCUCUUCCUGGAGAAAACCUACAUCAUUCGUGAUUACCUGGAGGACCAGCUGGAGGGAAGGGAAUUCUGGCCCAGAGAGGUCUGGAGCAGGUAUGUCAAGAAGGUCUCGGAUUUUGCCAAACCAGAGAAUGCUGACCUGGCUGUUCAGUGUAUGAAUGAGAUGAUUACAAAUGCUCUCCAACACAUCCCUGAUGUCCUCAAGUACUUGUCCAGACUCAAAACCCAAAGUGUCUUCAACUACUGUGCUAUUCCACAGGUGAUGGCCAUAGCCACGCUGGCUGCUUGCUACAACAACAAAGAAGUAUUUAGGGGCAUAGUGAAGAUUCGGAAGGAACAAGUCGUCACUCUGAUGAGCGAUGCCACCAGCAUGCAGGCUGUCAGAGCUAUCAUGUCCCAGUAUUUGGAAGAGAUCUAUCAGAAAAUCCCAAGCACGGACCCUUCUUCUGACAAGACCAAAGAGAUCAUUAUCUAUCUUCAGAAAAUGAUUCUGCCCCAUGGCACAAUGGUGUCCCGUAAUGGUUACUCUAGCAUCUUCCUGAAAGGUGCCGUGCUGUUGGCAGUGCUGAGCUGGCAGUACCUGGAUGCGAUGUCAAAGGUGUCAAAGGAAUGCACCCAGGCCCGAGAGAACUGAGGGCGGCCAUGGGG